CAUCACCCUCUUCCUCUUCCUAUAACUCUCUCUCUCCUUAAAACUUCCUCUUUCUCUCUCUAGAAUCUGAGAAUCCUCUUCAAGAACCAAUCUUUCCUUUUGCGUCUUUUGAUCUUCUCCUCUUCGCUUUUAUAUAAUCUCCUUCUUUAUUCACGUUCUUUGGCACCCAAUAACAUACAAACUCUUUCAAGUACUUCUUCUUAACCAUCACAUCAUUCAAAGGCCAAAGCUUUAAAAGUUUCUCAACAGCAUCAAAAAAUUCCAUUCUGAAGAAGAAGAUUAAAGAAGAACAAAAGAAGGCCUUUUUUUUCUUUUGUUUAUUCUUUUUUUUCUGCCAUUAGAAGAAAAUGCCAAUAAGGCAAAUGAAGGAGAGUUCAGAGCAACACUUGGUGAUCAAAACCCACCUCCAAACCUCCAUGAACAACAACAAUAACAACAACAAACAACAACAACAACAACAACAACAACCCAAGACUGCCCAAAACGGGAAGGGCCCACCAAGCCAUGAACAACAACAACCUCAAAACGGCAAGACCCAGAACCAGACAUCACCUCCGAACAAGAACAGAGGAAGAAGAAGAGGACGAGGUGGUCGGAAAUCCGACCAAAACGAUGUUUGUUGUAUGAGACCCAGUUCAAGACACUGUACAACUGUGGCUCAUAACAAUAAUAACAAUGUUAUUGUUAAACCCCUAAGUGAAAAUGGCAAUGGCAUUGGUUCUUGUGAAAUGGACGUGGGUUUUCCAUCUUCAAGCAAAUCUUUAACCUUUGCUCAAAGGCCUGGAUUUGGUCAAGUUGGAACUAAGAUUGUUGUCAAAGCCAACCACUUCUUUGCUGAGUUACCGGACAAGGACUUAAACCAGUAUGAUGUUACCAUAACUCCUGAAGUGGCAUCAAGGACUGUGAAUAGGGCCAUUGUGGCAGAACUUGUGAAGCUGUACAAAGAGUCUGACUUGGGAAUGAGACUUCCUGCUUAUGAUGGCAGAAAAAGUCUGUACACAGCUGGUGAGCUUCCCUUUGCAUGGAAGGAGUUCUCCAUUAAGCUUCUUGAUGAUGAAGAUGGAAUUAACGGUCCCAAAAGAGAAAGAGGGUACAAAGUGGUGCUAAAGUUUGUGGCCCGCGCAAAUUUGCAUCACUUGGGGCAGUUUCUAGCUGGUAAGCGUGCCGAUGCGCCCCAGGAAGCUCUCCAAGUUCUUGACAUUGUAUUGAGAGAGCUCUCGACCAAAAAGUAUUGUCCCAUUGGGAGGUCCUUCUUCUCAGCCGAUGUAAAGGCACCGCAGCGGCUUGGCGAGGGGUUGGAGUCGUGGUGCGGAUUUUACCAGAGCAUACGGCCAACGCAAAUGGGCCUAUCUCUGAAUAUUGAUAUGGCUUCUGCUGCUUUUAUUGAGCCUCUCCCUGUAUUAGAGUUUGUUGCCCAACUUCUUGCAAAAGAUGUGUUAUCAAGGCCAUUAUCCGAUGCUGAUCGCAUUAAGAUUAAAAAGGCUCUUCGAGGAGUGAAAGUUGAGGUUACACACCGAGGCAAUGUUCGUAGGAAGUACCGUGUUUCAGGCUUGACAUCUCAACCUACGAGAGAACUAGUGUUUCCUGUCGAUGAGAACUCAACGAUGAAAUCAGUUGUUGAAUACUUCCAAGAGAUGUAUGGUUUCACCAUUCAACAUGGUCAUCUUCCUUGCCUUCAAGUGGGAAAUCAGAAGAAGGCAAACUAUUUACCCAUGGAGGCUUGCAAAAUUGUUGAGGGCCAACGAUAUACGAAAAGGUUAAAUGAGAAGCAAAUUACAGCUCUACUUAAAGUUACGUGCCAAAGACCGAAGGACCGUGAACAUGAUAUCCUGCAGACUGUUCAACAUAAUGCUUAUGACCAAGAUCCGUAUGCGAAAGAGUUUGGCUUGAGGAUCAGUGAAAAACUAGCGUCUGUUGAGGCUCGAAUUCUUCCUGCUCCCUGGCUGAAAUAUCAUGAAACCGGGAAGGAAAAGAACUGUUUGCCCCAAGUUGGUCAAUGGAACAUGAUGAACAAGAAAAUGAUUAAUGGAAUGACGGUAAGCCGGUGGGCAUGCAUUAACUUCUCGCGAAGUGUGCAGGAGAGUGUUGCUCGUGGAUUUUGCGGUGAACUUGCUCAAAUGUGUCAAGUCUCUGGCAUGGAAUUCAAUCCAGAGCCUGUUAUUCCAAUCUACAAUGCUAGACCUGAGCAAGUAGAGAAAGCACUGAAGCAUGUUUAUCAUGCAUCCAUGAACAAGACAAAGGGGAACGAGUUAGAGCUUCUAUUAGCUAUUUUACCCGACAACAAUGGCUCCCUUUAUGGUGAUCUCAAACGUAUAUGUGAAACGGAACUUGGAUUAAUAUCACAGUGCUGUCUCACCAAACAUGUCUUCAAAAUCAGUAAGCAGUACCUAGCCAACGUGUCCCUGAAGAUAAAUGUCAAGAUGGGUGGUAGAAACACGGUUCUUUUGGACGCUAUUAGCUGCAGAAUUCCAUUAGUCAGUGAUGUCCCCACCAUAAUUUUUGGAGCAGACGUGACCCAUCCUGAGAACGGCGAAGACACAAGCCCCUCCAUAGCUGCUGUAGUAGCUUCUCAGGACUGGCCUGAAGUGACCAAGUAUGCCGGAUUAGUCUGUGCACAGGCUCACAGACAGGAACUCAUACAGGAUCUUUAUAAAACAUGGCAUGACCCGGUUCGUGGAACAGUUAGCGGUGGCAUGAUCAGGGAUCUUCUUGUUUCCUUUAGGAAGGCAACAGGACAGAAGCCACUAAGAAUCAUAUUUUACAGGGAUGGUGUAAGUGAAGGGCAGUUCUAUCAAGUCCUACUUUAUGAGCUGGAUGCAAUUAGGAAGGCUUGUGCUUCUUUGGAACCGAACUACCAACCGCCGGUCACGUUUAUAGUCGUGCAAAAACGACACCAUACCCGAUUGUUUGCUAAUAAUCACAGAGAUAGGAGCAGCACAGACAAGAGUGGGAAUAUAUUACCUGGCACUGUUGUUGACUCUAAGAUCUGCCAUCCAACAGAAUUUGAUUUUUACCUCUGCAGCCAUGCUGGUAUUCAGGGGACAAGUCGACCAGCUCAUUAUCAUGUUCUCUGGGACGAGAAUAAUUUUACUGCCGAUGCAAUCCAGUCAUUAACAAAUAAUCUGUGUUAUACCUACGCGAGGUGCACUCGGUCCGUUUCUGUUGUUCCUCCAGCGUACUAUGCACAUUUGGCGGCCUUCCGAGCACGAUUCUACAUGGAACCGGAGAUGCAGGAAAACAACUCGAACGGUCAUGCAUCCAAGGGCACUCGGACCACAGGAGAGCUUGGGGUUCGGCCGUUGCCAGCCUUGAAGGAAAAUGUGAAGAGAGUAAUGUUCUAUUGCUAGAAGGAAAAGGAAGGAAGGAAAGAGGGUUAAUGGGUUGGACAGCAAUCAUGAUAUGUGUUGAAAUUCCUUGUGUUGUAUAAGUGUAUGUAUCAUCAUUAUGCAUGGUUGCUGUUUUAGUUACCUUCUUUCCCAAUGUCCCAGAAGAAAGUUAAAAAAUGAACACAAACCAAAGGGCCAAAAAGAAAGAAAAAGUGAAAAGGAAAUUGAGAAAAAAAAAAGUCCUUCCCCAUGUUUAGUUUUAACAUGUUAGUGUUGUGGCAGGAUAGGGUACGUUAGAUGCUCUGACCAAAAACUUUGGGAAGUAGACUAGUCAGCAUAGUGAAGACAGGUUUUCCUUUGUCUCUGUACAAUGCAGUGAAAACCCCAUUUUGGGGUAGGAAGUCCAAAGUAGCUUUGUAAAGAGGUUUUUAGAAAUGAAUUAUCUUUUGCGUAGGAAUUUUGGCUCAGAAAUCUGGCUUUCUUCAAAGUUGGUUUGUUUUUACUGUUCUA